ACCCCACCAGUCAAAAUUAUCCAGCACUGCAGUACAUACCACCAACCACACGUUCCCUACUUUAAAAAGUCACAGCCGUCCACAUCACUUGUUCAUCCCGUUAAAAUCUCCGAGCGGGAUAUCAUGCGAGCGAGCUCACGCUUCGUAGCUGGCCUUGCUCUAGCAGGCGCUUUUCUGACUGGCGUUGACGCUGCUAUUCAGACGGUAACUCGCAAUGGAAGAUACCUCUAUACCGCGGACGGGAACAGGUUUUAUAUCAAAGGUGUAGCUUACCAGGAACAAGGUGCGGUAGUCGCGAGCGCAAGCAAUACCUUUCUCGAGCCAUCCACUUUCAUUGAUCCCUUGGCCAAUGGCACUGCCUGCACCCGUGAUCUUCCUUACCUGCAGCAGCUUGGUGUUAAUGCCAUCCGUGCAUAUAGCGUUAACUCUUCGUUGAACCACGACUCUUGCAUGCAAACGUUCAGUAAUGCUGGUAUUUAUACUAUCAUCGAUCUUUCUCUGCCUGGGAAUGGUUCGAUGGACCGCGACGCGCCAUCCUGGACCACCAAUCUACUUGAUUUGUACAUCGAGACCAUCAACGUCUUCUCAAAAUACAACAACGUUUUGGCUUACAACGUUGGAAAUGAAGUCGUCAUCGCAGCUAAUGGCACCGCUGCUGCUACCUUUGUCAAGGCAGCUGCUCGUGAUGUGAAAGCAUACCUUAAUUCUAUCAAUUCUGGCGCGCUCGUUGGCUAUGCGUCCAUCGAUGCAGAUGCUACAUGGCUUGACCCUUUGGCUAACUACUUGUCCUGUGAUCCCUCUGGAUCAAACUCCGGUGCAGCUGCCAUCGAUCUAUUCGGGUUGAAUAACUAUGAAUGGUGCGGAAAUUCAACCUUUGAGGCUUCUUAUGCUGGUGUAGAGGGACAAUUUGCGGGUUACAAUGUUGCAGCCUACUUCAGCGAAUUCGGGUGCAUUACUUCUCCCCCUCGUCUGUGGACAGAAGUCGGGGCGCUUUUGAGUUCGGAGAUGUCUCCUGUUUGGUCUGGUGGUGUCGCAUUCUCUUACUUCCCAGCUGCGAGCGCUCAGGGACAGUUCGGUAUGGUUACGAUCUCACCUGAUGGAAGUACUGUCACUACAAGCAGCGAUUUCACCAACCUACAGAGCCAGUACGCCGCUGCGUCGCCACCUAAUUCGCCUUCGCAGAGCGCUGCUGGUACUGCCAGCUAUCCAUCGUGCCCUCAACAGAACUCGACUUGGCUCGCUUCCAACACUCUUCCUCCCACACCUAAUUUGGCUGCUUGCCAGUGUCUCGAAAACAACCUCAGCUGCCAAUUCACGCCUUCGACCAGUAACUACACAGCAAUUGUUGGAUCGUUACUAGAUUACGCGUGCAGCCUUAUUGGACAGUCUGGCGGAUCUUGCAGCGCGAUUUCUUCCAACGGGACAACAGGACAAUACGGCGCGGUGUCUGAGUGCGACCCUACUAUAAUGUUGUCCUACGUGAUGAGCGACUAUUAUAUAGCAACCGGGGCCAACGCUCAAUCAUGUAGCUUCGGUGGGAACGGGACCGUCAAUAGCAAGGCACCAUCCAGUGCCACCGCUGCAAACAGCGCGGCAUCGUCCUGUCUCGCGAGUGCUUCGGGCACGUCCGUCCCCACUCUCCCUGCAGGAGCCCCGAGUCCCUCUGGGUCAUCAUCAAGCUCGGGUGGCGGAAGUGGUAGUUCACAUAGUGCCGCAUCAAUUGUUUUCGCUGAUGCUAGGACCCUAAUGGGCAUGGGAGUUCUUGUUGCAGCUGGUAUCGCGAGUGGACUCUGGACCAUAGCAUAGCUUAAGGACCUUUCUCGAAAUUAUUUGACGCGAUGAACUUUUGUAUAAAUGGAUUUUUUUUUACAGAGUAUUGUAUAUCCAUUGGUUUACUGUUACUGCCACAAUACUAUCUUUAAUAUUUGUA